AUGUCAAAAUUGAAUGAACUCGAUGAGCUACGAUCCGACGUCAUCUGCCCAUUAGACCCGAGAUUUCAAAACACUAAUGUUACACGGUACUGCUUCACUCAUUACGUCGACUACCACAGAUGUAUAUAUCUAUUGGGAGAAGACGAAACUAGCUGUGAUAUUUUCAAAAAUACUUAUCGAAGAAUGUGUCCAAAUGCUUGGAUAGACACUUGGGAUAGAAGAAGAGAAAAUGGUAUUUUUCCAAGAGAUUGCAAGACUGAACUCGAUUGA